AUGUUUAGCUCUUCCAAGUCCGUCGUCCUUGCCGGCCGCGACGCUCCGGCUCAUACGGUGUCGACCAUUAUCGCCGGGGCCGUGUCUGGUUCGCACGUGCUCACAGUCCGGGGAUACUCCACCACCGUUGGGCUCGGUGUCGACAAGAUCCUCCAAUCCAGCAAUUUCAGCGUCGGAGGGCAUGCCUGGAAUACGAUGUACUGCCCUCAUGGUCACGACCCAGAUGGAGACUGGAUAUCCGUGGGUCUAAAUCUUCGACACGCCCCCGCCACGAACUUCAAGAUAAGAUGCACGUUUAGCUUAUUGGAUAAUGUCGGCGAAACGGUGCCAAGAUACACGACGGAGUGCCGGAUGGCCACAUGCUCUAACAAAGGAGAAGUAUUGGCGUUUCCAACGUUCAUCAAGAGGGCCGAACUGGAGGAGUCAGCAUAUCUCAAAGACGAUUGUUUCAGUGUCAAAUGUGAUAUCACUGUUACCAAGAUCCGCACGGAGGACAAAGCGCAGUUCGUCAUGGUGCCACCCUCUGACAUGCAUGAGCAGUUUGACCGUAUCCUCCAGACCGGAGAGCUAUCGGAUGUGACUUUGGAGGUCUCCGGUGAGACGUUUGCCGCGCAUUGGUGCUUGCUCACCGCUCGGUCUUCUGUGUUCAUGGAGCAAUUUCUUCCCAUGAAGGAGAAUGUGCUCCAGGAGGGAGUGCACGUCGCAGCGCCUCACCGCGCACGCCGCAGGGUACUGGAGUUUUCCUUGGCGGCCGGCUGUCGCAGGCAAACGUAG